AUGAAAACGAUUUUAAUCAUUGAAGAUGAGCCCCAUAUUGCCCGUUUUAUUAAAAAAGUAUUAGAAGACGAAGCAUGGGUCGUUUAUACCGCAGAAACUGGGCAACGAGGCCUUAUCGAAGCGGCAACACGUCGCCCUGAUUUAAUUAUUCUUGAUUUAGGCUUGCCAGACAGUGAUGGACUUGAGAUUAUCAAUGAUAUCCGUACUUGGUCAAAACUGCCCAUUAUCGUCUUAUCCGCACGUAGUAAUGAGCAAGAUAAGAUACAAGCGCUUAAUUACGGAGCGGAUGAUUAUCUAACAAAGCCCUUUAGUAUGGGGGAGUUGUUAGCGCGGGUGAAUGCGUUGCUGCGUCGUUACCAGAAUAACCAAGACAAUGAUGCUAUCGUUCAAAUGGGUGAUAUUUGUAUUGAUACUAGUCAACGUGAGGUGAGUAAAAAUGGUGAAGUUGUGCAUUUAACGCCCAUUGAAUAUCGCUUACUCACAGUACUAAUUCGCAAUUCUCAGCGUGUCCUCACCCAUGAGCAAAUCCUUGAUGAAGUGUGGG